CCCUCGUGCGCCGAGACGUGAGGACGCCGGCGUCGUAGGCUGAGGUGGCAGCGGUCCUGCAGACAUGGAGCUGCCGCAGAUGCCGGAGCUGGUGGGGCUGUCCCUGCUGGUGGGGCUGCUGGCCCUAGUGGCCACGGUGGCGGUGGCCCGGGGCUGGCUGCGGGCCGAGGAGGACAAAGCCAGCCAGCCCGUCCGCCAAGAAGCAAACGAAUCCAAGAAGUCAGGAUCCAAGAAGCAGAAACAUAACCAUCGGGUUCGUAAGGAGAAGCCUCAGCAACACAACUUUACCCACCGCCUUCUGGCCGCAGCAUUGAAGAGCCAUAGUGGGAAUAUAUCUUGCAUGGACUUCAGUAGCAAUGGCAAGUACCUGGUCACCUGUGCAGAUGACCGCACUGUCCGAAUCUGGAGCACCAAAGAUUUCCUUCAGCGGGAGCACCGCAGCAUGAGAGCCAAUGUGGAGCUGGACCAUGCCACCUUGGUGCGCUUCAGCCCUGACUGCAGAGCCUUCAUUGUUUGGCUGGCCAAUGGGGACACCCUCCGUGUCUUUAAGAUGGCCAAGCGAGAAGAUGGGGGCUUUACCUUCACAGCCACCCCAGAGGACUUCCCUAAAAAGCACAAGGCGCCCAUCGUCAACAUCAGCAUUGCUGACACAGGGAAGUUCAUCAUGACAGCCUCUAGUGACACGACUAUCCUCAUCUGGAAUCUGAAACGUCAGGUGCUAUCCACGAUCAAUACCAACCAGAUGAACAACACUUACGCUGUUAUCUCCCCAUGUAGCAGGUUUGUGGGUUCCUGUGGCUUCACCCCAGAUGUGAAGGUCUGGGAGGUCUGCUUCGGGAAGAAAGGGGAAUUCCAGGAGGUGUUGCGAGCCUUUGAGCUGAAGGGCCACUCUGCUUCUGUCCACUCUUUCGCUUUCUCCAAUGACUCUCGGAGGAUGGCCUCUGUCUCCAAGGAUGGCACAUGGAAGCUGUGGGACACAGAUGUGGAAUACAAGAAGCAGCAGGACCCCUACUUGCUAAGGACAGGCCGCUUUGAAGAGGCCAGCACCAUGCCUUGCCGCCUGGCACUCUCCCCUGACACCCAUGUCCUGGCCUUGGCCACUGGCACCAGUAUUCAUCUCUUCAACACGAGGCGUGGGGAGAAGGAGGAGUGCUUCGAGUCUGUCCACGGGGAGUGUAUUACUGACUUGACUUUUGACAUCACUGGUCGCUUCUUGGCCUCCUGUGGGGACCGUGCAGUGCGGCUUUUCCACAAUACCCCAGGCCACCGGGCCAUGGUGGAGGAGAUGCAGGGCCUCCUGAAGCGGGCCUCCAGUGAGAGCACCCGUCAGAGGCUGCAGCAACAGCUGACCCAGGCCCAGGAGGUCCUAAAGAGCCUGGGGGCCCUGAAGAAGUGACUCUGGCCCUGGGUGGCUCUGCCUGCCCCAGUGGUUGCCACUCUUUCCCAGGUGCCCCUGGGGUGGAGACCUGGAGGAACCUCCCAAUUUCCUUCCUGGUGGCCCCUGCUUUUUCCCAUUGAAACUAUACUUGCAUACUUAGAUCUAUCUCUCUCUCUCUCUCUCUCUCUCUUCUUGUUUGACUCCUCCCAGACUGAAAGGUGCUGUUUUCUCACAGGCCCAAGGGUGGAAUCUGUCUUCACCCAGCACUAAGAAGAGGGGUAGAGAGAAGUGAGACAGAGAGAGCAGAGUCUUUGACUGUGUGGCAAAAGACCCUGACACCCAAAGAAGUUUGUGAGUGUCGAGGUCAAACCUGGGGGACACCAGAGAACAAGGUGGCUGUUGUAUAAGGAAGGGUGCAGAAUGUGUUUUAUAAUGCUGCAAGGUGAGUCUCCACCUGGACCAGGCUCCUGUUUCCAGCAGGAAAGAAUUCAGGACUGGUCUUUGUUGGCAGUGGUCUAUAAUCACAGCACUGUACAGGCAAAGGCGGGAGGAUCAGGGGUUCAAGUCCAGCUUGGACUGCUUAGUGAAUUGCAGGACCUCCUGGGCUCCAUAUGGAGAGAGAGCUUGACUAGAGUUUUUUUCUCUGCAUUUCUUCAGUUUUCCUAUUUGUAAAAUGGGGAACGAUGCUCUCUGUGGCCUGAAAAGAUGUUGUGAGGCUAAGAGCAUUCUAAAGUUCCCAUGCAUGGAACACAACAGUGCUGUCCAGUGUCAUUAACUCUCAGAUAAACUUGUAACUCUAACUUUGGUCUGCAACCAGAUUAGAAAGAAUCACAGCCCUCGGGAAGGCUGAGGCUCCUGGGGCUUGGCUUGCUCAUUAUCUUGGUUGAAUAUGGUGGUUUGGUUCCCGUGCCUUGAGAAGUAAUGCCAUCUUAACAUGGCACUCCUCUCUGUGGGAGACCUCGUGGACUUAUCACUUCAGUGCCUGUUACAUGGGACUAGCUAGUGAUGCGGGCUAACACACACAAACAAGACUGGCUCUGCUGCCGAAGACCCACGUUGGUGGGAAGGACCUGGAGGCUGGUGUCUGUGAAGUGCUUUUUGGUCAUUCCCAGCUGCAGAGGAUGGUGUGGACAUGGGGAGGAAGUGGAAUACACCCAGUGAGAGAUUGGGUCUCAGCCAUGUAAAUUGGAAGACCGCUUGGAUCCAAGGGAUAGGGAAGAUGUCAGGUCAGGAAUCUGGGAGGGCUUGAAUCUAGCAAAAAGUACCCAUUUCGGUUAGUUUUGAUCUCUCGCUUCAAAGGAGGGCCUCUUGCAGCCGUCCUCAGCGCUACAGAAUGUUUGAAUAAGGCACAACCCUGAAGUUGACCUUGAUGGCUCCCUUGUCGGCACCCUCUCCUUCCGCCGCCACUGCUGCAUCCAGAUGGCCUGCAGCAGCCGCUGUCUCUCCGUCUCUUCUGUUACCAUCCUGGUCUUCUCCACUGUCACCUACUCUAGGUAAGGUAUUUGUUUCCAGCCACAUGAUUUCAAGUCACUUUCCUACAUAGUUUAGCCAGCUUUUGAAAAACAUAAAACAGAUCAGAUCGUGCCAUUCCCAGUUACAAACCCUUCAAAGGCUUCCCUCUGUUCUUGGACUAAUAAACCCCUGAGCUCGCUCUGGCCUGCAUAGUGUACUGACGUUUUUCCCCUCCUGUGGUCUUUCUUUGCGAUGGUGCAGCCCACCCCAUUCUUCCUGUUUCUUUACUAACCCAAGCAGUCGACAGGCUCCAGGCACGGGCUGGCCCUGCUUGUGUGCUGCAAGCAUUUUUCCUUUCUGUUGGCAGACUUGCCGGUGCGAUCCGGUCCUUGGUGACUUUGACUCCAGGCAGUUGCCUCCUCAAACACUCCAUCCGAAGUAGCCCUUUCCACCAAUCCUGUCCUAUUGGUGACAUUGGUGCUUUUCUUUCUUUUGUAUGACUUGGUGCUUUCUGAAACCAUCUUGUUUGGCUAUGUAUUUGCUCCAGUGCCAGUGAUGAGGGCAGUCGAGCGUGUAGCAAAAGGGGGCCUUGGGCAGUCACCUGAUGGUGAGAUGGAAAGAAAUGGUAGAGACUGCAGUGGGCUGCUGGGCAUGUGUCCUGGAUGCACAGUGGUUGGUAGCCGCUACAUGUUGUUUAAGAAUUCCCCAAAGUUGCCAGUUUCGGAGAAGUUAGAUGUUGGCAUCUUACUUUGAAACGAGGCACCACUGUGAACUGGACCAAACACUGAUGUAGGACUUUGCGGCUCAUCAGUCUCAUUGGCACUUAAGGAUUGUUCCUUGCUUUUCAUUUUGCAGUCCUGGGGAUGGAACCCAGAGCUUUCUGCAGGGUAGACAAUUGCUCUGCUGCUGAGCCAUGCCCCAGGCCUCAUUAGGAGAUGCUAGACAAUGACUCUCCUGCUCAGCCCCAGCUCCAGCCCUCACUAUUAGAUGCUAGACAAUGACUCCUGUUCAGCCACAGCCCCAGCCCCUCACUGGAAGAUUCUAGGCAAAGGCUCUCCAGCUCAGCCACAGCCACAGUCCUUACUAGGCAAUGCUAGACAAUGACUCUCCUGCUCAGCCACAGCCCCAGCCCCUCAGUGGGGGAUUCUAGGCAAAGGCUUUCCCGCUCAGCCACAGCCUCAGCCCCUCAAUGGGGGAUUCUAGGCAAAGGCUCUCCAGCUCAGCCCCAGCCCCUCAAUGGGGGAUUCUAGGCAAAGGCUCUCCUGCUCAGCCCCAGCCCCAGCCCCUCAAUGGGGGAUUCUAGGCAAAGGCUCUCCAGCUCAGCCCCAGCCCCAGCCCUCACUGGGCAAAUAAAUGCUCUGCACUGGGCCUCCAGCACUAGUGUGUGAAUUGCUGAAGAAUGCAUUGGAACAUGAGCUUCACAAAGGCAGAAUUCUUGAUGCCUUGUUCUGGGUCCCAAGUCAAAUAGCUGGGACAGAGUAAGCUCUCAAUAAAUAGAACUCAGACUAGAAGUAAUUGACAAAAAAAUUGAAUUUCUUUUGUUUUUCUGCACUCGGCUCUCCACUGUGGAUUGAGGUUUCUGAUGAGAUCAGCCAUAUUGAGGGCAGUAUGGCCACAUAGAGAUUUGGGUUUCUGGAUAUACAGCUCUGCCUUAUGCUGUGUGUGCAUGUGGGGUCUGGUGCACGUCUACUUUGGUUGUCAGAAGCAGCUGGAAAGGCUUUCACUUGCUUUUGAAUGUGGGCUUUGAGAAGUAACUGGUGUCACGGCUGCAGAGGGAAGGUAGGGAACCCAAGAAUGCUGAGCCACUGAAGUCAGAAGUCUGUUCUGAAAUCAGCCACGUCACUCACCUGGGGCUUGGAGUGGGGUGAUCACAUAGGCUGUCUUGAGCUUGUCUCCUCGUCUGUAAAAUGGGAAUAAAUGCUGUCCUGUCUAC